UGGUAGUGGAGUUGGGAUUUUACUGACGUAGUGCGCGGUUUAGCGCUCAGUACGCGAUGGAAAAACUCUCGCAUGUUGAGCCACGAAUCUGUGAGUCUGGUAUAAAAUCUCGCGUUCAUCCUCUAAUGGUUAUCACAGCGAAUUCAACCGUCUUCGAGUGCAAAACACAAUUGCUGCUGGAGUAGUCACCAAAUCCUUUAAUAAUAAGUGUUGUGUGAUCUUCCCAGUGAAAAAUAACUACGUCUUUGUUCUAAUUUUUCCUCAAGUUCAUUGGAAUUUUUCAAGCCACAAAAAUUUAGUGAGGAACAUUAAUGCUGUGAAUCCCUAAAAGUCUAGAGUGAACAUUAGUUCAAACUGAGGCAUUUAAAAUCCUUCAUUUUUAAAGUGAAUUUCUAUUAAAGUGUGACUUUGCAACAGGAAAUAAAAGGAUCAGUGUGGAAAAUUCCUUCUUUUGUUCACACAAGCAAAACCCCUUUUGAGUGUGGAGAAAAAGUACUUACAACCUCAAUAUGUCUGCAGAUGAAAUGAAAAAAACCAUGGAGAGUGAUCCAAUUCAGAAAUCCAUUUCGGGAUUUGGAUGGUGGCAACUCAUGGUCUUUGUCACGAUAUGUUUACUCAAAUUUCCCGUUGCAUGGCACCAGAUGAGCAUUAUCUUUCUGGCCCCACCAAUGGAUUAUACCUGUGUUGAGCCUGAAGGAUUCAACGGAACCCUGGAUAAGUGUGACAAUAGAUGUGUUGGUCAUGAGUUCGACAGAUCCGUCUUUACUGAGACCAUUUCGAGCCAGUGGAAUCUUAUCUGUUCCCAAGGUCAAUUAGCUAAUGCCUCUCAGACAAUUUUCAUGCUGGGCAUCCUAAUUGGAAACGUGCUCUUUGGCAGUUUGGCUGAUAAAUUUGGUCGUCGUGGUCCCUUAGUUAUUGCUGUUCUUAUCCAAUUGGUUACUGGCGUAGCAACAGCCUUUGCUCCAUGGUUUUGGCUCUUCUGCUUUUUACGAUUCCUCACGGCUCUGGCAACUGGAGGAACUAUGCUCACAAGCUUCGUCCUCAUUAUGGAGAUCAUUGGUGUAAAGUGGCGUGAAUUGUUGUCUGUCAUUUACCAGAUACCCUUCAAUUUGGGUCACUUAACACUGCCCGUGUUUGCCUACUUCAUCCGAGAUUGGCGUCAUCUGCAACUAGCUCUUUCCAUUCCAUCCAUCUUACUCAUUUCCUACUACUGGCUCAUACCAGAGUCCCCAAGAUGGUUAAUUGCCGUGGGCAAAAUUGAUAAGGCCACCAAGAUACUCACAAAAGCUGCUGAAAUGAACAAAAUGCCAACGGAUGGGAUUGGCAAGAAUAUUGAUUCUGCAAUGAAGUCCAAGACUGAUGAUGCACCAAUGUCCCGGGGAAAUAUCGUGGAUUUAGUCAGAACACCAAAUAUGAGGAUAAAAACCUUAGUCAUGUGCUUCAACUGGUUUGUCUGUGGAAUUGCCUUCUUCGGCGUAGCCCAGUACAUUGGACACAUGAGUGGAGACAUUUUCACCAAUGUAGCCAUUUCUGCUGCCAUCACUCUACCCGGAACUGUUCUCGGUAUCUACUGCAUGAAGGCAUGGGGUAGAAAAUACACUCUUAUUGCCUCAAAUGCUCUCUGUGGUGUGUCAAUUUUGGCCAUUGCAUUUGUUCCGGAGGGAAGCGCCGUCGUAGUGGUUGUUCUAGCAUCCUCUGGCAUGAUUGGCAUGAGCAUAUCCUUUCCCACCGUCUAUCUCUAUGCUGGUGAGAUUUACCCAACCGUCGUGAGGAAUAUUGGCAUGGGUACAUCGAGCAUGAUUGCCAGAAUUGGAAGCAUGUUAGCUCCAUUUGUGGUUGGAGCCAUCAGUCUUGCCACCUGGUUGCCACCUGUUAUCUUUGGAACGGUCCCAAUUGUAGGUGCUCUUCUAACCUUUUUGCUGCCUGAAACCAAAGGUGCUCCACUUCCUGAAACCAUCGAGGAUGGAGAGAACUUUGGGAAAAAGUCCCAAAUUGCCAGUACAGAAGAUGUUGAAAAUGGAAAAUAAGGGACAUUCGCACAAAAUGAGUGUGAUUAGAACCAAAUACAAAUUCCUAACAGGUUCAUACUAAUACAAAUUAGUAUGAUGAGUGAAAUUAUAUUUUGUACAAUUUUCUGUAUAAAUAGUUCUAUAAGACUAUAAGAGAGAUAAUGUAUAUAAUUUAUUUAAUUUUGUAACAUUUGUAUAGAUGAUGAAUAAUAAAACAAUUUGAAUUUUAACCUA